AACGAGAUGAGUGAGGAAACAUGGUGGCGAGUGAGCGAGCGAUGGAAGAAGAAGAUUUUGAUUUCGAGAAGAAGGUUUCGAUAAAGGAAUCGAUGUCGAUGUCGAUGUCGACAGAGCUUGAUCCAGCCAAAGUUCUUCUUUUGCUUCGUGGUUUCCUCCAAAUUCAGCAACGCAGGGCCGAAGCAUAUUCUAAGCUCAAAAGUGGGUUUUCUGACUACAUGGCCUCUGGAGGGGAAUUGGCUUACAAGCAGCUCUGCAGUGAAAUCACAAUAGAGUUUAACAAUUGCUCGAAAAAAGUCCUUGAAAUGGAGUCACUGUUUAGAAGCCCUGAUUACUGCCGAGUUGAUCUAGCGCAGCUCCUUAGAGCUGUUCAAGAUCAGGAAAAGCAGAAACUUCAACUGACUGCCACCAUUCAGGUGUUAAAGAAAGCCGGUCGCCCAUCUGAACGUCUGGUAAGCCAUGAGAAUUGCAAAUUUACAAAGCCAGCAGAGCAUGAGUGCGUUCAUGUUCAGGAGAUUACAGAAGCUUCUGGGACUGAAGAAGCUGAAGCAGAUGCUGAGUAUGACAAUGCUCUAAAAGAAGCUAUUAGAGGUGUCCAGGAUGCUGUCAUGGCCAUUAAUGAACAUCUAGAAGAAGUCAGAUAUGAAAUUGCUGCCCUUGAAGCAGAGUGAUUCUUUUCCAGCAUAUUUACUAAAACAUUAUUGACUUCAAUUCAUAUUCAGAUCAUAUAAUCAUUUGCCUGUGAAUGGAUAGGUUCAGACACCCAGUGCUAACAAAUAUUUUUAUGGGUCUGCAACCCGUGGAAUGUAUAUAGACACCCUAAAAUGAAGUUCAUGAAUUUUGUCCAGUCGUCAACAAUUUUAA